GUCGCUGCUUUUUAUUUUGUUUUUGCUUUUCGGUCGCUUAGCCAACCGCGUCGCGUACUACAUUCAUGCCACAUUUAUAUUUAGUUAUUCUGUGAACUGCUAGCCAGGAAGUGUUCAUGAAAUAUAUAUAUCUGUAUAUAUCGGUCGAAGAUAAAACAGCAACAACAACAACAACAACGUUAAAUAAAUUAAAAACUCAUAAAAGGGAAAUGGCAUAUCAGCGCCCAUGUACGCAUGCAUACAACGCCCCGAGUGUGUGUGUGUGUAUGUGUGUAGUGCAGUGAAAUACGCUCAACAAUUAAGUGUCGAGGCGCUGUUUGUGUGCAUUACAUUGUGAAAUGUAACAAAGUUGGUGAAAUUCAUAUUUCGUUGUGUGCUGUGCGUUGUUGCACGUGUGAUUGAAGUGCGUAAAGUGUUGACGAUAAAACGUGAAAUACGUGCAAACUAUAAUUAAUUAAUUGACUGCAUGCAGCUAGAGCAGAAAACAAAAAACAACAAAGCAACACGUAUACAAUUAACAAUUGCAACAUUUUAAUUAAGAAAAGUUGCCCUUUACACAAAGAAAGUGUUAAUAAUAAAGCAAUAAUAAUUAAAAGUCGAGACACUCAACAGCCCGACAGCAGCUGGAGCACAGCGGCCAUCACAAUAAUCACAAUAAGCAGCCAACACAAUGGAAUAUAUAAAUAUGGAUAAGCGAUUCAAAAUCUCGAAAACGUUAAUUUUAAAUAUCAUCUUUCUUUUGCUCUUCGUCGCCGCCCUCAGUCCACCGACUGAAGGUUUCGGUUUUGAUUCCGCCAACUCGUGCAGUACACAAGGAACGAAGCUUUCACGUCGCGGACGCGCACAAAUGUUGGCCACCAUACCCUGUGAUCUGACACGUCAAGCCUAUUGCCAUUUACCCGGCUCGGCUUAUCCUUGGCAUGCAGUGCGACGUUUCGUACACGAAAAUCAUGGACUCAUGAAGCGUAUGUAUGGCGAUGUGAAACAUAUUUCGGUGCUGCGCGAUGAGAUACUCAACAACGAGAUCGAUGUGGAUGAUGUCGAAGUGGCCGCCGAACGUUACUCGAAGGAGCCGCAUAGAGCACGCGCCGCCAAGUAUAUGCAGCCGCAGCGUGAGGAGUAUGGUGGUAUUAAGAACAAUGAUGUGCUGAUGGAACCGCAUUUUAGACCGGUCUCCACAACAACAACUACCACAACAGUCGCACCGGAUGAAAUAAAGGAGGAAACUGUCAGUACAACAAGUGAGGUUACGGUGGUGGAAUCGAAAAUGGAACCCGAAGAAAGGCCAGUGAAAAUACCGAACGGUGGGCUAAGACGCAGAGUUAACGCGAAUUCGAGUGGUGGUGGACAUAGACGACGCGUUAAUGUCUAUGUUAACCGUAAUAGACCAACACAUUCGUCGCUGCGCCGACGCACAUCUACAACAACCACGACAGAAGAACCGAAGCCGGUAGAGGAAAGUGCAGAACAGCCCGCAGCUGUAGUGUUACACGAAGAAACCAUACUCGAAAUACCCGAAGACGAUGGUAAUCUCGCUUCGAAUAGUGUAUAUGAGAUACCCACAUUACAGGAUGCGGCAAUGAAUAUGGGCGACAACAUACAGAUCAUCGAAUCGCCACAACUCGGACAAUUACAGAAACCGUUGACGGAAGAAAGAAAUAGUUCAGAGACUGCCACCAUUUCGACCACACUUAAGGUGGUGUCCACGCCCGCAACCAAGAUGCGGCCGGCAGCUGGUGCAAUACCGGCCUCACCGGCACCGGUAGCGCCCACUCUACUGCAACAACAACUUAAACCACAAGCGGAACGUCAACGACCGGGCCAACAGCCAACACAAAAACUCAAACUGCAACAAGUGAAUAAACCGCAGCCAACAAAUGCCGAUGCGAGCGGCGUAAAAGAAAGUUCGAUAUUAAAAUCAAAACCAACCAACGAAAGUGAACGUACACAAAGCGCCACAGCAAUAGCACCCGUGGACAACAACAGCGCAGCAGCAGCAACACAAGCGCUGAAAGCUGCGAAUGACGAUACAGACGUUACAACGGACGCCGAUAAUGGAGCGACGCUGUCGGGCAUUGGUGUUACGAACGCCGAAACGGACGUCACAGCAACCGUGACGGCAACAGCGACAGCGCCGGCAACCGCAACAUUAGCAACCGGCGCACAAUUGAAAUUUGAGCUGAGCAAAAAGAAGAAUCAACAUGUUGACAGUGAGCAUAAAGCCGAACUAUCGGCAGUGACUUCAAUCGAAACAGCAGCGCCGACUACCGUCGCAACGAAGCUCACUUCCACACAAGCCGAAUUGUCUUCGGCUGCGAAGACUACAAGCGCGCCAAGUGCGGCAACAACCGGUGCAGAGACAGCACCGUCAGCUCAACAGACUGAGCUGCUUACCGGUGAGAAAAUUCAGAGACCACAACAAACACCACAAGCUACGCCAUCCCAGACCACGCCAGUCAGUGCUACAGCAGCAGCGUCGACGAAACCAGUGCUACGCGAUGGCCAAUUGUAUCAAGAUGCGCUGAAGCAAGAGGUGAAACCGGCUCCCAAUAUGCGCGGCAUUAAUGCCUGCCCUGUAAAGGAGGAAGUGGUCGCACCCUUCUGGGCCAACAACACACGCGGCGAAGUUUUGGCGCUCCUAAAUCUCUACCCCUUCGAACAGUAUGUGCAUUGGGAGAAAUGCACACAUGAAAAUCGACAGAUGUACUGUCGUGAGGGUUGCCGCUGUGAACAACAAUACCGGCUACAUCGUCUACUAGCCUACGAUCCGCACAACGAAUGUCGCGGUAUUUUCUCUGAUUGGUUUCGUUUUCCCUCGUGCUGCAUUUGUAAGUGCUAUGGCAUACCGUCGGAGUUCCGUGCUACAUCACGUAGUCCACGUUCCGAACGCAUGGAUGACUUUGAGCCUGUAGCACAAGAAACCGAUUUCGAAGACGAUAAUUAUGACGCGGACGUAGAAGAUGCAAUGGAAUCGUUGGAGGGCCAACAGUCGCCACAUCCGAUUGAUGUUGCUGAACGAUUGGUGCGACAAGCGAUCUACGAACAUGCCACAGAGGAUUGGUAUCGACCGAAGGAUGAAUUCGACUUUUAUGAGGGUUAGAAGUAGUGCGCUUUGAAGGCAAGAAAGGCAGAUUGGAGAUUGAAAGGUAUCUUAAUUAGUUUAUGGGGAAUCUUAUUACUGGAGUUUUGUAGAAAAGAUUUCGAGCUCUUAGCAUAAAGUGAGUAGUAGGUGGUUCGAAAGGUUAUCAAAUAAAGGAAAGGAUAUUGAUCUAAACUUUCGAAGACGAAUGUACAUAUACAUAUAUAUAAAUCUUUAUUAUACUUACCAAGGUUGCAAUUAUAAGAGAUUUGAAGAACUGAAAGGAAGAAAACAAACUUAUUAGAAUUAUAAUUGAGGCCAAUAGUUAUACAGAUUUUUUAAAGUUUUUCAGGAAUGGUUAGUCCUUCAUAAUUCAUAAAGAUUAAUAUGACGAGUCAGGUUAGUUUAUGGAGUAACUUAGGCGGACUUACCUAUAUAUCGGUCAUGUAUCGUUCCCGGUUGACCCAUUGGAUGGUGUGAGGUUGGAACUGUGGAUAAUAAAGACCGUUCCCUUAAGAUUGGACACGAUUGUUGGGAAAUUCAGAUAGUUCAAAGAUUUGGAAGAUAAUCCUACCUCAGUUAUGAGAAUCUUUCUGGGAAAUUUGAUCGAAAGUCUUCUUUUAAGAACGAACGAACACAGUAAUAAAACAGUCUCAUAAUAAUUUGGUAGGAAAGGUUGAUGUUCGGAACUCGGAAGCAAUUACUAACUGAUAAGAGUCUUCCACUUGACGAACAGUAGUGUUCUGACCUUCAUAAAUGCAGAUAUUAUCAGAGUUAGUGGAUUCAAAAUCAGGAACGAUGUAGAAAACGUGAUUACAGCUAUCUCGAGAAGAUUUAAGAUUUCAAAUGAUGUUUGACCAAAGGUCCGAAACGUCAAACAGAUCCUGGGUACAACUGAUAUACAAAAUAGCGGUUGUCAUUUAAGGCUUAAAAAUAUACCCAAACGUCAAUAGUCAAGCCUGACCUUAAGCGCCUCAUUUUAGUUAUAGACAUAUUACUCUUUUAACUAUUCUAUUGCUCAGUCUCUAAAACAACAA